UAUGACUCCGCCGUGAUGCAGUAUUUAUUGGUGCCGCUUGGAGCUUAGGACUGGCAUACAGAUUGUGAUACAAGGCGGUUGUCUUUGGAGGCGUCGACUGUUAACAGAUGAAAGCGGCUUUUAGCAAAAUUAUGAAAAGAGUACAAAAGGUAAUGGGUGGCCUUGUCGUGGCAGCAGUGUACACAUUCGUCUGGUCUCAGUGCAUUUUAUUCGUCCUAUCAAAGCAGGCCAAAGUGUGCUCCAUUCUUGACAAACCGCAUCCUGAGGGGAUAUGUGGAUCUCAACUUGACGACGUCCUUGAAACCUUGUGCGUGUUUGGCACCGCCCACCGGAAGUUCUUCAAGCGCUCCAUCGUCGAAUCGUUGCCAUUAACUGAAGUAAUUGGAGACAUAAAUGCCAAGCAGUUUUAUGAUCUGUAUAAAUCAAACGCCCUCGACAGUAAAGAUGUCGUUACGGUCCCUGCCACGGAUUUUGCGUUAUCAAAGAAGGAAGCGGUGAGCUUUUUCAACAAAAGAAGGGGUGUCUUCGAUACCGGAAUAGUGUGCGAAUGCUGCAAGAACAUUUGCAGUAUUUCUGAACUGAACAUGUAUUGUCAAAAACGUCCAAUGCUAGGUCGUUAAUGCAGCUUUUUUUCUCGAUGUAAACAAACAAUUGUGCAUUAUUUCUGUAGUUGUUUUUUGUAUGCAAGAUUUGUUUUCAGUCUACGGAAGUUUUGGUGUGCAUUGACAAGUAUUUACAUUCCUGAUUAGGUUGAAGUCUAUUGGUUUUGAAUGUAUUGGUUAAGCCGCGCAUCUUGUUGAUUGAUUCGUACGUGCAGCAAUUAAGAUGAAAAAUGUCUUUUUUUAUAAAGACAAGCUUCGUUGACAAUAGUAGAUAUGUUAUAUUUGCCCCAAAUUUACAAAAGCAGGGAUAAAAUCACUGGAUAGAUUGAAAAACAUAUUCUAUGAAAGUUAAAAUAUUGGUACUACGAUGAGUCGUACAAACGCUACCACAAUUUAACGAUAAAUAAACACAAACAAUUCAUUAUAAUUAGUAAUGCUCCAUUUUUAAAUUCUUGGUUUCAUGAUGCCAUCUGUCGCUAAAUUAAUACGUCUGCAGUUUCUUUUGACUUCCUGGUAGAAUUUAUUCACAGACUGUCAUUUACAACGUGCAAUACAAUUUUGACACAACGCAAACAGAAAAUAUAGACUUUAUCAAAUUUUCAAUUAUCUUUAUAAAUAUUCACUGAAAGAAAUAUCGUUUCUAAUUGACUGUAAUAGUAAAGCGUCUAAUUAUAAAACGCAGACAUGACGCGCAUAUAAUACCGAUACCUAGUUAUCUACUUCGAAACCCGUGAUUCGCAGCAAUGAAAUUACGAUGUUGAGUGUGGUUUUUGUGGGCUUAAUAAAAAAUAUUUAUUUAUUUGUAUGCAUUAAUCAUUUUGAUAAUUCAAUUCAUUCAACACAAUUAAAAAGAAAGGUCGAUAGCAUGAUUUUAAAUUUAUUUUAACUUCUGAUUAAAACAAUGAUGGGGAUUUUAAUCGCCAAUAUUUAUUUUAUUAUAUUUAACCGUUGACGGAAGUUAACUUCGCAGUAAAUUUGAAGAUUAGAGCAAUUCUAUUGGAACCCAUAUAACUAUUACAAGAAAUCUAUGUAAACUAAAUAUUAGAUAGCUAAGUCGAAAAACAGCAUGUGGAAUACACAAAUUCAUAGAAGUCAAUUGGUUCAAUCAUACAUCUUGUUUAUUAGAUAUCAUUUAUAAUAGUUUUAAACGAACGUGUUUAUAAUAUGCAGAUAAACGCCGAGGUUUAUUGGUUAAAUCAACCAUUCAUAUUGAUAAUUAAAUUGCUUGUGUGGUUGCUUUUAUAGGUGAUUAAAGAUAGUAUGAGAUCUAUGCAGAACUUAAGACCAUUUGUCGCAUCAGACUUCAGUGUGACGUGCGAUUUUCGAAUUUCCCCUAGACAAAUGAUUUAGAAUGUCGUGCAAUUUGUAUUUCUAGUGUAUAAAUGCAGUGUUUGGCAAUAUAGUGCUUACAAGAAUA